AUGGUCUUGAACAGCCAGAUAAUGGAUAAUCAACGUCAACAAUAUAUACCUGGCCCGCCGCCACCCCCAGGUCAAGGCAUCUUGAGCCACCUGCCACCUCCUCCACCUCGACCGCACCCGCAAUCGACCCUCCCUCCUCCUCCCCCAGGACCGCACCCGAAUUCUUUACCCUUGGGCACCGUGUAUGGCUUACCGACCGGAGGAUGGCAGCCACAGCCAUGGGGAAGACCGGGGUUGGGCCAAAAUAUACCACCACCACCUCCUCCCAUGUCGCAGAAUCAAAACAUGCAGUAUGGCAUGCGGCAGCCUUCACACUUGAACAUUCCUCCUCCUCCUCCACAGAAUGAUAAGCCCAUUCUUUCAGCAACCUUCAUCCCGACUGGAGACUCCUUUGGUCCAGGCGUCGGUAUACCUCCUCUUGACGACUUCUCCUCGUUUUCUGGAUAUGACAUGCAAUUCACAAACGAGCCAAAUCUGUCGCAAUCGGAGCAAAGACAUUCUGAGGGCAACACGACCUCACACAGCUAUUCCUAUCCGAACCCGACUCACCCAAAUCCGGAUAUCGCCAAUAGGGAGGUUCGCGCAUCAUCUGCUUCUUCUGGUAGGCCUUCAUUCACCCUGCCGCUCCGCGAUGGAAACGAACCGAUUUCUCCUGGCCCGCCUACAGCAACGCUACGUGAUCCUCAGACUGGCAACGAUCACAAUCGUCAACGAGCUUAUAGCGCAGCCGUUGCGACAGGGGGCGCUAGCGAAUUGUCUUUGCAGUGGCCGUUGGACAGAGUUCUGGUCUGGCUUGCCGCAAACGGAUUCUCAAAGGAUUGGCAGGAGACUUUCAAGCUGCUAAAGUUGCAAGGCUCGGAUUUUCUGGACCUAGGACGUGGUCCCAAUGGUCGUGGCAAUCUUGGAAUGAUGCAUCAGACCAUCUACCCUCAAUUAGCCAAGGUUUGUUCUGGUAGCAAUACCGGAUGGGACCAAGGCCGGGAACGUGAGGAAGGCAAACGGCUGCGAAAACUAAUAUCACGGCUUGUGGAGCAGGGAGGUGAAGGGCCGGCGAGUGCAGGCAUGGGCCAUCGAAGGCGUGAAUCGGGAAUCAUACCAAGCGCGUCCACAGAUGGUACAGUGGAAAAUUCUCCUCAUCUCCCUCGCGCUGAAUUCGGCAAUCCUUCUAGUGUUUCCGGGCCUGAAGGAAGCCCAGGAAAGCCAGCAGCUCUUUUUCCCGCAGGGCUCGCUCCGCGCAAUUCCCAGAAUAGGAGCAGCACAAUGCCUGUCUUCAGCAAACACAGCAGUAGCUCCUCAACUCCCAAUGAUGCAAAGCCACCUGACAGCUUUCAUGGUUCCAGUCGUGCAGAUUACACAAGAGGUGUGCUGACUACCGUCAACAAUCGUGGGCGUCACAGCCCUAAUCUAUCUGGUGACGGCUCAACUGGUCUAUUACCAAAAGGUUUUGAAACGUCGCCAAAUGCGAGCCCAGGCCUUAGUAGCGCGGUACCUACCUCUGCCACAAGUACGUCCUCGCAGUCAUAUCGACCCGAUCAUAACAAAAGUAAUAGCACAGACUCUAUGCUGAAAGUGAAUGGGGCGUCGAGGCUGAACGCUCCCGCAAGUCACACCGACCCCAGCAGGAGCGGUGCAGCGUUAACGGAAAACACAUACUCCGGAAGAUUUUAUGCUGAUCGCCGGGACGCCCAAGAGAUGUCGAGGCAUUCGCCUCUUGAUACGCAUCGCACCUGGAGCAACGACUAUCCUGCUGGAUCAAGCGCGAAGGAUCAGAAACCGGGCAUAUGGAGCAAAUUCAUGAGAAAACGACACGACCACAGUCAGCCUCCUGCAGAUGAUCAUGCUUUGGAGUCGCCAACAAGUCCGGGGGGUUUUCGUCUAUUUUCCAAACCCAGUGCGAAUGGGAGCGACUCAGCAUUGCAGCAACGACCCUCUUCUACUAGCGUGGCUAGCGAGGACGAAAGAUCUUCUUAUACCCAAAGACGACCGAUCAAUAUCUCGCGAAAAUAUAUCUUUGUUACUCCCGACGGCUGGAAUUAUCGGCUUGUCGAUGUCACGGACGUUGAGUCAGCGGUUGCCUUGCGGAGCCUCAUCUGUCUUGAGCUGGGAAUUGCCGAUGCCGAGUAUGCACAGGUAUUCGUGACCGAACCCGGACAAUCAGAGCAUGACAACCCCCUUUCUGAUAGCGCCUUGAUCUCGGUACGUAGCCGGACCGACUACUCAGGAAGCUUGAAGUUGUAUGUACAGAGCCCAACCUUAUCAGCCGUUUCAGGGCCAACUUCCACCGGAUUAGGGUUCUCAUUCGCCCAAAGAGCUCAAAGUGACAUAGCACAAGGCUUACCGAUGCUGAAGUCGAACUCUACUAGCGGGGUCAGUCGUAAUGGCUAUCCAUCAGCUCCUAGCUCUGCGGGCGAACAGCCCUCGACGGACCCAGCGCUACUUCAGAAACAGGCAGAAGAGUAUCGGCGACAAACUGAGGCCAAGCACAAGGCUUACCUAGAAUCUCGCCGAGCGCAAAAGGAACAGAGCUCCACAUAUAAUGGUGGUGGCAUCCGUGGAAGUACUGUGAUCGACUUUGAUAGUCCACGAAUGUCACCAUUUGAAGAUAAGAAAGUUGAGCCUCUGGUUCCAGUUCGAAAGCCUCCCACAGCACCGUCUGAGUCAACCACGUUGGCCAAAGUCAACUCUCUGAGAGCCAGGGGAUCUGGGACUCGGUCUUCUCUGGAUGCCUUGAAACAAAUAUCUGAUCCUAUCGCGGAGGAAGAAGCUAAUAGACUGAAGAAAAAGUCCAGCUCCUCAGCCGUCGCAUCUGGAGGCAUUGGAGCUGCACUGGCCAAUGUUGGCAGAAUGGCUGGUGCCCCUGCCUCCGUCGGAGGUCAUUUUAACCAGCGAAGCUAUACAGGCUUCCAAGACGCUCAGAACCGCACCCCUACCAUCAACAGCACACGGCAGUCCGCAUCUUCCCGUGAGAUUAGUCCUUCAGAUGACGCACCCAGACCUCGCCUGCAGACCAGAAAAUCAUAUGGACCAGACCUAGAAUUUAAGGAGACCAACGUGACAUUUGCCCCGUCACCCAAUCCUCUCAAACAGGAAGACUCGGAUGAAGACUCGGACGAUGGUUUAUUCGCGAUUCCCUUGACCAAUAAGUCUUUGCCAAAGAAUAUAGACCAAACAACGGGAAACAAAGAGCAAAGACCAGCACUGACUGUCGACACAGACCACUAUGCUGGGAAGAAUGUUCGAUUCAAAUCACCAGCCUCGUCAGGUGGUCAAUCUAUGCACCAUACUGGUGCCGAAGAUAGCGCCACAGCCAGUGGUGACGGUUAUGAGCGCAGCCUAUCUGAAAGCAGUUUUAGUGGUUCUGCACAGUCUCCUGAUGACGCCAGGAUGGGUCGCAGAGACUCCUUCAUCAGUGACAUAUGGGCAAAUCGUCCAGCAGUGGAGAACGUGGUGCACCACCUCGACGAAUUCUUUCCAGGUGUCAAUCUCGAUGAGCCCUACCUGGAAGAGAAAGGUGAUAACAACUCGCCGAUGAAAUCAGUAGAUCAAAAUCCCCUCGAAAGCGGACAAAACGCGUCAGUGUCUUCCACAACCUAUGGCACCACGGGCUUGGAUCUCGAUUUCAAGCGUAAGAGCGAGUCUGAUACUCUAGGUUCAGAUGAAUCUACCCUCAAAGCCCGAGACCGCGACAGAGUCGCGGGUGUUGCGCAGAGGCAAGUCGAGCGGGCCGCAGGCGGCAUCUCACGUAUGAAGUCCAUUCGAGAAGUGGCGCAGAAGCGCAACGAUAUCAGGAGAGGUCCGUCGGUGGCGCAAAGGGUUGAACAGGCCAAUGCCAGCAGCAUUGUCCGUCGCAAAAGUACAAAGAUGUUUGGAGCCAACAUUGUACAGAUCAAGCCUAGGCCGGGUAAUCGACUGUCAACUCUGGAUCCGAUACCACAAGAAGAAGUACCUUCUGAAGAUAUGCCUAAGCGACAGGCGACUUUUAAGAUCAUUCGUGGCCAGCUGAUUGGUAAAGGCACCUAUGGUCGUGUAUAUCUAGGUAUGAACGCGACGACUGGUGACUUUUUGGCAGUCAAGCAAGUCGAAGUCAACCAGAAAGCCGCUGGGCACGACAAGGAACGUAUCAAAGAAAUGGUAGCUGCUCUUGAUCAAGAGAUCGAGACCAUGAAAGACUUGGAGCAUCCCAACAUUGUCCAAUACCUGGGAUUCGAACGAAAAGAGUUUUCUGUCAGCAUCUACCUUGAGUACAUUCCCGGUGGCUCUAUUGGCAGCUGUCUACGCAAACAUGGUAAAUUCGAAGAGUCGGUGGUGCGGUCCCUUACCCGACAGACCCUUGAGGGGCUGGCUUAUCUUCACCACGAGGGAAUCCUGCACCGAGACUUGAAAGCUGAUAACAUCCUGCUUGAUCUUGAUGGCACCUGCAAGAUUUCUGACUUUGGAAUUUCCAAGAAAUCGGACAACAUUUAUGGCAACGACAUUACCAACAGCAUGCAGGGAUCUGUCUUCUGGAUGGCUCCAGAAGUAGUCAGAUCGCAAGGAAAAGGCUACAGCGCCAAGGUAGACAUAUGGUCCCUUGGUUGUGUGGUUCUGGAGAUGUUUGCCGGCAAGAGACCCUGGAGCCGAGAGGAAGCCAUUGGCGCGAUAUUCAAGUUGGGAAGUCUCAGUCAGGCACCCCCAAUUCCCGAAGACGUACAAUCAACCGCGACAGUGGACGGCCUGAACUUCAUGUACGACUGUUUCCAAGUCAACCCCAGCGAUAGACCCACAGCAGAGACAUUACUACGGCACUCUUCCUUCUGCGUUCCAGACCCUUAUUACAACUUUUACGAUACCCCUCUCGCGGCGAAACUGAGAAAUGCUGAUGGCGGUGGCCUCGGCGGCUGA